CAAGCCCCAGAAUGCCUCGGAACGUUCCUAGCGCCAUACCAGUUUAUCAGGCGCCUAGGUCUCGAUGGCAGUCACUCUCGCCGAGGAGGGAAGUAGCUGCUCGCUUCUCUCUUCCUCCUCAGCUUCAUUUUGAUUUGAUUCUUGGCGGGCUGAGGCGGAGGAAGGGGCGCCCUCGGCAUGACUGCAGAGCCAGCCCCGAGCAGCCUUUCCCCUUCUCCUUCUUCUCCUUCUUCGCCUGGCAGGGAAGCAGGCCAGCGGGCGGCCAGAGCCAAAGCCCGGUGGAAGCUGCUCAGACAGCUUGUAGCAGUGAAGGUUCUGAAAGAAAAACACUUGGAGAAUGUCCACCUUCAGCAAGUAUCAGUAAGGAGAUUUGCUUCAUUCAAUCUUUUCUUCAGCACGAAAGAGGACAGAAAGCUAUCUGAAGAGGACAAUGAGACUUGGGUUCAGUACAAAAGCAUCUCUUUUCCUGAGUAUAGUAUAUCUUUAAGAUGGAACAAUGGACUAUUAAAUGUUGAAGAUAUUCUGGAAAGUUUUGACAACACAGGGAAUGUUUGUAUCUGGCCUUCAGAAGAAGUCCUAGCAUACUACUGCCUCAAGCAACAUGAAAAGUUCAGGGGCCUUGCUGUGUGUGAGCUAGGGGGUGGCAUGACAUGCUUGGCUGGGCUUAUGGUUGCUAUUUCUGCAGAUGUCAAAGAAGUUCUGUUAACUGAUGGAAAUGAAAAGGCCAUCAAAAAUGUAAGUGAUAUUAUCAGAAGAAACGAAAAGGCGGGAGUGUUCAGAGCCAAAGCAGUUUCAAGCUGCGUUUUACGAUGGGAUAAUGAGACAGAUGUCUCUCAACUGGAAGGACAUUUUGACAUUGUUAUGUGUGCUGACUGCCUGUUUCUGGACCAGUACAGAGCUAGCCUUGUGGAUGCAAUAAAGAGAUUACUCCAGCCCAGUGGUAAAGCAAUGAUAUUUGCUCCGCUCAGAGGGAAUACUUUAAACCAGUUCUGCAAUCUAGCUGAAAAAGCUGGUUUCUCUAUCCAAAGACAUGAAAAUUAUGAUGAACACAUUUCAAACUUCCACUCCAAGAUGAAAAAAGAAGAAAAAGAUAUUUAUGAUGAGAACCUUCACUAUCCAUUUCUUCUCAUUUUAACAAAAUAGAAAAUACAGUGGGUGUAUUUCGAUUACAAUGGGAGUAAUAGAUCCACAUGAAUGUGCCGUUUGAAGAAUAAUCAAAGUGGUCAAAAGUUAUCUUCCGUUCUUGAGAAACUAAAAACCUUAGCUGUAUAUAUAGUAGUAGAUCAUUUUUCAAAGUUUUGUAUUGGUCAGUCUGAUAAGACCUAAAGCCUGAACAGCUCAGUUUCUCUCCCCUUGUGGCUGUCAUCACGCACACGAUUUCUUCAUCCUGACCAAAAAAAAACGGCUCCUUCAAGUACAUUGGAAAGCAUAUGCUCUGUGGCUGUGUUUGACCGGCUGUAAAACGCUAAAGGAUUUAUUGUAGCCCCAGUGAAUGAGGAAGGAGAUAUUGAUAAUUGAUGGGCAUUCAUAUUCUAUAUGCACCUCGUGCUAUAUUUUGAUUUCUUUCUCCUUCCUGUCCUUCAUGCUAUUCUUGAGAAUUUGCCUUAUGGGUUUUCCUCCCUUUGUCAGAGCAAAAUGUUUCAAACUUGCUUUGCUUGAUUACUUAAUGUUUUUUGACAACAGGAUUUUUUUUUGUCCAUUCCCGGUAGAUGUAUAAGAAAUUACUGCCUCAAACCAAAAGCCUAAUAAACUGACCAUUUGUCCUCUGGACACAAUGCGUUGGCCAGCCCUCUGCUCCUCCUCUCCAAUUAUGUGUGAUUAGUCUCAGUGUGUUGUGUCAAGAAGGGGGAGUGUGCGGAGUACUUAUUAUCUGUUUAGGUACAAGGAGAGUGCUCUGGCUAUGAAUGAAAAGUGAGCCUUUAUCAGGACUGAAAUCUAACUGCAACUGUUCCACAGACCUCUUGUUAAAAAUAGAUCACGUCAGAGAAACUCCGAAUGCUAUAGCAACCGUGAGUUUUCCUCCCAUUCAAGCCCCCAUGCCAUCCCAAAAAUGCAUCCAAACAUCUUUAAAAGUCAGUCGAAUUCACACAUUUGCUUCACAUUUCAAUCCCCCCAAAACAAUCCCUGCCUUUCAAAAAUAACAUUGUGUGUAUUUGUUUUCUUACAGGUUAAGGGUGUAUUUUCUUUUUAAGGGUCACAUUAAAAACUCUCUGCUGAAUUUUGUAACUGAUUUCCAAGUGCUUCCCCUGAUUAAAAAAAGAAAAAAAAAAGGAAUCCUGGCCAUAACAAUCGAAAAUACAGCUUAUUUACUAUGCAGUUAGUGGCUGAAAUACAUAAAAAUAAUUACCUUUGGUUUGCUGCCUUUCCUCUCCGGUUUAACAAAUUGAGUUGUACACAAAAGUCUUGUUCCCUUUCCUGCUCUCCUCCAAUGCGUUUCUUCACCACCAGUUUGCAUGUCCUUGUAUUCAACACUUUUUAUGCUCCAUUAGAGCACCUAUAUGGAUCUCAGAAGGCACAGGUCAAGUCGCAGUUAGAUCAUACAUGUCUUUCUCACAAAAACCUGAAUUGCAAUGCCAAGUGAUGGGCUAACAUCACAAUAACAGCAAUUUAUUCCUCUUUUGAUAAAACAGCAGUCUAUUCUCAGUGUUGGAUAAAGACCAGGGGCAAUGCAAACCAGCCAUUUAUCCUAGUAUUUCAGUGGUAGAUCUCCUUUUAUGGAUUUUAUGGAUUUCACAUUGAGACUCUUAACUGCAUGGAAUUUCUGCGAAGAAAUGAUAAGAAUUUAAAGAUGGCUGGGGUUUGUCAGAGAAAGAACUUGCCUUCAAUCUGUAUGUGUGUCCUGUAGGUACAUAUACCAAUCACAUACAUUGUUGAGAUGAAAUCACAUAAUAGAGGGGGUACAAAAAAUAAAAUCAGCCAAAAUAUAUGCCUACAAAAACGCUUCAGAAUAGAGUUAGCUGAUAAACUUGCCAACUUUUUAUCUAAUGACCCUGGAAAUUAUUGCACCAUUCUUUCCCCCCCUCUGAGGAGAUAACAAGUAUAUCAAAAUGAACAACUAAUUAUUGUUGUUUGUUUCUCUUCUGUGCCUGUCAUGUCAGUACAAGCUGGUGUCUCAAAUGCAGCCUAUUAUCCUGUAAGGGUUUAAUUGAAGGGGUCUUAAGAACACGAUCCUGCAAACAUUUAUGCACUGAGGCUGAAUGGUGAAGUUAAAUUACUCAUGCAUAUAAUUGAUGAAAGGACUGGGAGCCAUAGACUGUAACAUUUGCUGUUUAGUAUCAUUGUAUAAUGUCAACAUUUUGCUUUAGUCCUUUUCGAUCUCUACUGUAAAAAAGAAAAUCAGAGGGGUGGUCUUUUUCUAACAUGUGCUUUAUAAUGGGAUGUGCCUUCUGAUUUAUUUAUUUAUUUUACAUUAGAUUAACUAAGCAUAUAUUCUGUUAUUGAAAAACAUUUAACUGUGUUUCUUCUCUGAAAUAUGUUAAUCAACUUUUUUAAAAGUUUGACGUUUUCAAAGUCUAUCUGUAUGCAAUGAUGUUCUCGUGUCAAAAAAUAAUCUUUAUUAAAAGCAGACGCGAUGAUAAA